UGCCCAUACUGUCAAUAGUGUCAAGUUAAAAAAAAGUUUCGACUUGAAAGUUGAAUAUUCGGUCGAUAUACAAAGAAAAUUUCACCUAGAAAAACUAUACGUGGAUCUAAUGAAUAAAUAAUAGUGCAGUUAAAUAAAGAAUGAACAGAGAAACCAUGAUAAGCUGUAGACGCGACAGGGAAAUACGAAAGACUAUAAUAGUACCGGGCGACUACACAAUCGUCCCGUACGAAGAUUCUCGAUGCAAAAUCAGACUGACCGACGUACACUGUAGAAAUGCGGAUGGAGUGUGUGAAAUGGAACCUACGAGUCGGAUAUUCAAUAAUCCGUUCGAUGGGAACGUAAUCAUAGGAGAUAUGGACUCGUUCGUCGACAGAGACGUCGAGCUGAUCCUUCAGCAGAUGUGCUGUGGUGAGGUGUGCGUCGCGCGGCUAACGUAUAAAAACACACAUGGAGACCUUAUGCUGGACAUAAACUGUAGAAUAGAGUUAGUAGAUGUUACUGAGGAGCAAUUGAUCAGUGACUGGAGCUGGGCAAGACUGUACGAAUCGGCAGUGCAUCACAAGGAGCGCGGGGUUCAGUUGGUCAAGGAUAAGAGGAUAGUGGACGGUUUUAGACGCUUUUCUAAGGCUUUUAAGAUGCUGGUUGCUAUUGAACCUGUUGAUAAAAAUACAAUUGAUGCUGAACGCAUAAAAGAAAUGAUUAAUUUGAGGGUAAAACUUUUUAACAACAUGGCACACUGUCAACUACAAUUCGAAGAAUUUGGUGCCACUCUGGAUCUUUGUAGCCGAGCUCUGAAAUAUGAUCCUGAUAAUACAAAGGCUUUAUACAGACGUUGCAUCGCUUAUACAGGUCUCUUCAUGUAUGAAGAGGCAUGGCAAGACAUACAAAAAGCUUUGGCCAUUGAUCCUAACGAUAAAGCUUCUAUAAUUAAAGCUAACGAAUUAAAGCCCCAUAUAGAAAAAAUAAACAAAGAUUAUGCAAAAGUUAUUAAAAAAAUGUUUGGUUAAAUUUA